CCCACCCUUUUUUAAAGUGACCGGUAGAACAGAGGCGACCUCGACUCGGUUUUAAACCUUAGCAGUAGAAAACGCUUCGCCCUACCACUUUGUGAGUGGGUGCAGGAGGGGCAAGGCCCGCCCCUUUUUAAGGCGACCUGCGGUGAGCGGGGUUAGGCCCGCCCCUUCCUUCUUGCAAGAUGCCCAGGAGAGCUGGGGUCUUCCUCCUGGGCUGGACCCUUGGGGCUUAGGCAAACUGCUUCAGAGCUUGGGCCUUUCGUCCGAGUUUGGGCCUUUGUUCUGCAGUCAGUGACCCUCCUUGUGGCCCAAGGAGCGGAACUAGGUAACCAGAAUGGAGCUGUGGCCAGGGGCAUGGACGGUGCUGCUGCUGCUCUUCCUGCUGCUGCUCUUCCUGCUGCCCACCCUGUGGUUCUGCAGCCCCAGUGCCAAGUACUUCUUCAAGAUGGCCUUCUACAACGGCUGGAUCCUCUUUCUGGCUGUGCUCGCCAUCCCUGUGUGUGCUGUGCGCGGACGCAACGUCGAGAACAUGAAGAUCUUGCGUCUGAUGCUGCUUCACAUCAAAUAUCUGUAUGGGAUCCGAGUGGAGGUGCGAGGGGCUCACCACUUCCCUCCCUCGCAGCCCUACGUCGUCGUCUCCAACCAUCAGAGCUCCCUUGACCUGCUUGGGAUGAUGGAGGUACUGCCUGGUCGAUGUGUGCCCAUUGCCAAGAGGGAGCUACUAUGGGCCGGCUCUGCCGGGCUGGCCUGCUGGCUGGCUGGAGUCAUCUUCAUCGACCGGAAGCGCACUGGGGAUGCCAUCAGUGUCAUGUCUGAGGUUGCCCAGACCCUGCUCACCCAGGAUGUGCGGGUCUGGGUUUUUCCUGAGGGCACAAGAAACCACAACGGCUCCAUGCUGCCCUUCAAACGUGGCGCCUUCCACCUUGCAGUGCAGGCCCAGGUACCCAUUGUCCCCAUUGUCAUGUCCUCCUAUCAAGACUUCUACUGCAAAAAGGAGCGCCGCUUCACUUCCGGGCGAUGUCAGGUCCGGGUGCUGCCCCCAGUGCCCACAGAAGGGCUGGCACCAGAUGACGUCCCAGCUCUGGCCGACAGAGUCCGGCACUCCAUGCUCACCAUUUUCCGAGAAAUCUCCACUGAUGGCAGGGGUGGGGGUGACUAUCUGAAGAAGCCUGGAGGAGUGGGCGAGGCCCGGCUCUGAGCCCCUCUCCCGUUGACCCCCACCUUCCUCCACACACCUGCCAGCCCAGUGGGUUCUGAAGCAGGACCAAGCCCUCUUCCUCGUUUACUCUCUCCCCACUCGGUCUCCUCUUUGGAAUCUCCAGCUUCCAAAGUGAAUGUCUCUGCCCCUUCCCAGCUCCCCUCAUGGACUCUUCUUGCCUCGGUGCAGUCUCCACCCUGACCUUCACCCACCUCUUGUGCCAUCGAGUCUGUGGGACCGUUGCCUCCCCCUCAUCUCCAGUGUCUCAGCCUACACUUGAGUGGAAGCACUCCAUCCUGUCCCCCGGGGACCUUCUUCCUUUGUGGUCUUCUCUCCCUCUCCGCCCUACAUUGGCCAGUGGACUCAUCCAUUCUGUGGAACAAUUCCCCACCUCCACCCCCAGGUCCAUGGAUUCACUGGACUCAUCCGUUUGUGAGGAGGACCCCUCAUGCUGUGCCUGGAAGCUUACGCCUGGAACACUCCUCCCAGGCUCCUCCUGGGAGUACUCAGCACCUCACCCUCCCUCCGCGGAGCCUCCUGUCACAGAGGCUGGGCUCUCCUCACUCAGAGGUCUCAUUCCAGCCCAUGCCCAGGUGCCCUGGACUGAGCACACAUCUGAAUGCCAGUUUGGUCUUCACAUUUCUGCUUCCCCUGCCCGGUGCCCUGCCCCACCCAUCCCGCUGCAGCCCUGCUGUACCACUCUGACGAGACAAGGGCAAGAGGCCGUAGCGGUGCCGCUCGCACUGCUCCUUGGGGGCUAGGGGAGAGCACUGAACUCUGGCUGGGGGGUGGGAGGGCUUUUAAUUUAUUACUCUUUUUUUUAAGGUUUCCCUCUGAGCCAGUUUUCAUUUCCUCCCAUGGCAUUAGCCACCCCCUGCCUCCCAUCCCAGACCUGUGUCCACAACAGGAGGGGCUGGGAGCAAAAGGAGAGGGUGGGACUCAGUUUUUCGUGGUUGGUUUUUAUUAAUUAUCUGGAUGACAGCAAAGAACCGAGAAUAAAGAUUGCGAGAGAUCUGUGUG